CACAGCUGCUUCUUGCGCGCAGCAGGCACCGACAGUCAGACAGCCAUGUCCAAAUUCACUCUGGCCGUAGUGGCCGGCGCCGGUGCAGCGGUGGGAGCAGCAACGACUGCAGCCAUCUAUGGCAUCAGCAGGCCCAGAGAAACAGGCACAAACACCAUCGCAACAACCACGACCUCCACCUCGACGACGUCUCGAACAGCACCGGCGCCUCCAGUUCCUGCCCCAGCUGCGCCUCUCCCUCGCUCACAACGAGAACCAGCUCUCCCGCCCGUCGAUCCUGCCGGCGUCUUCCAGUACGGCUUCCCAGGACCCGUCGCAGACAUCCGCAAUGCGCCGUCCCUCACAUCUUCCUACAACCGAGCCACCCGCAAUCCUCACUGGGUCGCCGAGCACAUCACGCCCGCAUCCCUCCUCAUCUCCAAUGGCGAUCGUCGUCACUCCACCUUCACCGAAGACAUGUCCAUUCCAGAAAAGUUUCGAGCGAAACUGAAGGACUACUUUCGUUCGGGCUACGAUCGCGGCCAUCAAGUGCCCGCCGCUGACGCCAAAUGGAGCCAAGAAGCCAUGGAUGGAACUUUUGCCCUCUCCAACAUGUGUCCUCAAGUGGGCGAGGGGUUCAACAGAGAUUACUGGGCACAUUUUGAGGACUUUUGCAGGAGGUUGACAAGUUACUAUCCAUCGGUGAGGAUUGUGACGGGACCGUUGUAUCUCCCGAAAAGAGAUCCCGUGUCGCAGAAAUGGAAAGUGGAAUACGAGGUGGUGGGACAUCCUCCCAAUGUGGCAGUGCCCACGCAUUUUUACAAAAUCAUCUUUGCGGAGGAUGGCAAGGUGGGAGGGAAUGUCAGUCUGGCAGCUUUUGUGUUGCCCAAUGAUCGAAUAUCUAAUGACAAGCCUUUGGCGGACUUUGAGGUGCCCAUUGAGGCGUUGGAGAGGGCCAGUGGGUUGGAAUUUGCGUCUCUGCUUCCUCCUGCGAGGCGGAAGCAGUUGUGUAAAGAGGUGGCGUGCAGUGUGAUUAUCAAGGAGUAUGCGCAGAGGCAAAAGGCUUUCAGCAAGAGUCCGGAGCAGAUUCAACCUAGUCCUGCACCGCCGCAGCCUUCACAUACGCCCUGGGGCUCACGAUAAGAAUAGAUGCUGCUGAAUAGCGAAGUCAGAGUGGAGAGAUCUGAGCAGUGCCGUGUUUGUCUGUUGCCCUUUCUGCAGUCCAUAGAAGCAAGGGGGCGCGAAUCAUGCUUCAUCAGGAGUGCAGUAGCGACAGUGACGCUUCCACAUGACCGAUUUCGAAGAGCUACCUGUAGUUACAGUAGGUAUUACCUCCAGGAGGUAGAUGCAGCAAGGAUAGCGAGGAAAUCAUGGGGCCAGAGGCGCCUCCCGGCUCCCGCUGUCAGAGUUGCGUGACGACCAGGUUACCGUAUUGUGAAGAUCCAUACCUUAACGGUUAACCCUAAACGGCGAAUUUGAGCGCAGGCUAGGAGGUAGUUGGCUGGCACUGGCAGAUGGAAGAGGAGACAAGACUCCAACAACAAGUCUCCAACACAACAGGUCGAAGCUCACACGUGCCUCUGUCCCCGGUACACAUACACACUUUGGGUCUACGUACAAGUUUACAACAGGAUCUUCACGGGUUCAAUAG